AUGUUUCCUAACAUAUCGGGUUCCACAGACACUGGCGGAACCAAUAGCUCUUUACAAACUGGGACAGUUGACGGUCCGAUCACAUGGGUUACACUUGUGGAACGUUUUACAAUACCUGUUAUAUGUGUUCUCGGACUUGUCGGCAAUACGUGUUCAAUUGUUAUUUUCCUACAAAAGUCACUGCGUAAGAAAUCAUGCAGUCUUUUCCUUGCAUCAAGGAGUAUAAGUGACAAUGGGUUCAUCCUUAUUCUUCUUAUUGUGUGGGUAACAUCAGCUCUUGACCUUAAAUUAAGUAGAAUAUCAGGAAUUUGCCAGUCUUUGAUAUUUUUGACUUACGUAUUCGGAUGUCUUUCGGUCUGGCUUGUCGUGUUCGUGACAAUUGAAAACUAUGUGCGGAUCUGCAAACCAUAUAUGGUCAAAAGAAUUUGCAAAGCAUCAAAUGCCAAAGGUGCUGUAGUCAUUUUAUUUAUUUGUGUGUUGUGUUCUUAUAACUUUCCUCUGUGGACAUUUAGCGACGAAUGUGUGCCAAAUGAAAAACACUAUAGCUUUAUACGAAUUAUGGUUUACGCUGACAGUAUACUUACUUUAGUAUUUCCAACACUGAUAAUGUCAGUGUUGAUGACCAAAAUUGCAAUGACGUCAUUACAGGCAUGUAGGUUUAGACGCCGGUUAAGUCUUACGUCAGUUCAAAGAAAAAGUUCCAGCCCUAUGACAAAGGUGACGACAAUGCUGCUUGCAGUGACACUUAUAUUUUUUAUUUUGAACAUGCCUUCCCAUGUUGUUCGCUUACGUCUAAUGGUUAUUGCUUUUACCGAAGACGAAAGUGGAAUUACAGGUUCACUUGAUCUAACCCUUCAUUCCAUAUCUCAACUUAUCUAUUAUCUGUCAUUAGCCAUCAAUAUUUUCGUGUACUACUUUUUUGGAAGUACAUUCAGGAAGGCGUUCUUCAAAUUGUUUCAUUGGAAUGGAAAGUACCGUUGUAUCCAAGUUGACAGUAGUGGUUUCUUAGAAACGCGGUGCCAGGGCAGCUCUGCCUUUAGGAAAGAACUGGUAGAAAAUAAUGUAUUUUCUUCUAACACUAAAGACAACUGUGUGUAUUUUCAACGGAGAAAGGUGUCUACACUUUAA